AUGACCGACUACAUCAAGCAGGUCACCGUCACUGGCGAUGUUUCCGAGCUACGACUACAGACCGAAGAGCUCGAUUCGUGGAUUCGCGAGGUGACCCAGGAGAUUUGGGAGCAGAAGCCCGAGCUGGGAAUUGUCCAUGUCCAAGGCCUGCUCUCCAACGAGGACCCCCGUGCGUUCGCCCAAAAAAUUUCAAGCGGAAUCGCUCAUGACCCGCGGAUGAGCGGGAAUUUCGAGGCGGUCCGCGGCUUCUUCGACAUUACGAAUACGGGUCUUGGCUCGCUGUACUUCUUCAAAAACGCCGACGAAGUGCGGUACUACGAUCGGUUCAGCAAUUCGGGAUACCAGCAGUUGCGGCGUGGCGAGGAGAUCGUUAUCGGGCGGCCCGAGUGUGACGGCUUCAUCUCGUCGACGUUUGAGCUGUCCUUCAAUUUUGCCUCAAAUUUCAAGGGCUCGGAUGGGCGCCGCGACAUUGCAAAUCAGCGGACCGGUUUUCUGCUCGCUCGUUUCCGGGUCUACGGUCGCGAAUUCACUUUUGUCAAUAUUAACCUCCAUUCGGUACCGUUUGAAGAUGUCAACGAACUGAUGGAACAGCCCCAAGUAACCCGGGCGGCCGCACAACGCGAGAAGCAGAUCGAAAUGUUGCUCAAAGAGCUGGAUUCCGAAGGGUUGCGCGAGGACUCGAUCAUCGUCGCCGGCGCGUUCAACUCGCAACUUCACGAGACGGCCAUGCUUGGGGAUCUGGCAAACACACAGCGUGCUUCCACUUUUGCGCGAACUCGCGAUGAUGGGCGGUUGGAAGCUAUUGAACAACGGGAUCGGCAUGGCAGGAGUACAGUAACCGUGGAGGAGCACCGUUUCGACCUGCACUCAAUCCACGACUGGUUCUUCAAACUGGGCCGCGGGCAAAUGGUGAAAAAGUACAACGGCGAGCUGGCGCAGGUGGUGUUUGCGGGUAAGCUGCUCGAGGAGAGUGUGUUUUUCCAGCCAUCGCGACACUACGGAAUUAACGAGAAAACCGGGAAAGAAGAAUUUUUGCGUAAUCUCUGCCCGGCCUGGUCAGAUCGAAUUCUCUACAAUGCGGCGAUAAGUGAUCUUUUCCGACAUGAUUCCUUCUGCGCCUCCGGCCUCUACUACGGAAUUGUAGCCGAAAAAGUGAACGUCGGCCAACAUAAGCCCGUCUCUCUCCAUGCCACCAUAUGCCUGAAG